AUGCGCACACCCUGCACAUUGCUCGCCUUGCUGGCGUUGGUCACAUUGACGCUGACUCAAGGAUCAUCUCGUCCCUACGUGUUCCAUGCCAAUGAACUCCCCAUCCUGGAUGCCCUUGCCGCCUACAAUUACUCCAAUCCGCUGGGAUACAAGGCCAUGCUCAAAGCCGUGGAAGAGGAGGUUCACAUGCUGACAAGCACCGCAAUGUAUGUUGUGGUGCUUGAAGACGAUGCGACCACCGAGUCUGCCUCGGUGCUGUCCAGUGCCCUCGACUCCCUUGUGACCACCUUCAACCCAAUCGCUAUUACCUACAGCAUUGUCUCCACAAGUGUGCAAGAGUCAGCUCUGCAGUCAUUGACCUUUCUGCGGCGAGACAUGAUGUUCUUUCUCGAUGCCACGUUUGCCGUGCCCCCCGCCACCAUCUUUGGUCUUGCCGAUGACGAUGAUGAAGACCUCGUCACAACCGAGGUUCCCAAAACGACGGCUGAAGCCACCACAAGCACGGUCGUCUCCACAAGCACAACCUCAGAGGCAACCACAACCAGUGCGGAAGACUGCCCCGAGAUUGACGCCUGUGCUUGCCGGCCUGACGAAGUCCCAAACUUUACCUACAACACACGGGGCUGCGCCGUGAGCUGUGAGUGUCAGCCGGCCACCACCACCACCACCACUACCACUGGUCCGGCUACGAUGGAGACCUCAAUCCCAACCACUACUGAGGACUCCACAACGCCCGUCGUGCCCGUCAAUCCCAGUCAAAGCGGCCCGUACGGUCGACUGGCCGCAUCAGUCACGGGCUACAAUCUCACCAUGUACUUUGAGCUGUUGAACCAAACCGGUUUGCUCAGCAUUAUCGAACCUCAGAGCAGAGGCACGCUGUUUGUGCCCACGGACGAAGCCUUUGCCCUCUACGGCCAAGGCUUUUUCCAGCAUUUGGUGAUGAACCAGCCAAAUCUGCUUCGGGACAUUCUACUCAAUCACUUUGCCCUCACCCAGUACACCAGUCUGCAAAACGUCUCUGCCUUGGACAUGCUUACCGAUGAGGUAGCAGUGACUUUAAUCAACGGCAUUCCUUUCCUGGAGGGCUCGGUGGAGGUGCUGGAUGGACCCGCUUUGGGUGGCGCCCGCGCCGUCUACGUCAUCAACCUUUUGCUCGUGCCAAACCUUGCUGAUCCUCUCCCAACAACAACCACCACGCCCACUACCAUCCAAGCCACAACCACCUCGCGUAGGCCUGCCACACGGCCUCAAACCACGACCGCUCGACAAGCCAUCACAACACGCGCCCCUAUGACCACCGCUGCCCCUGGAGGCCCCUCGGCCCAACUGGAGGAUCUCGUCAACACUAGCCCUCUCAGCGGCUACAGCUUGACCAUCUUCCGCCGCUUGGUGCACGUGGCUGGCUUGGACGUGGUGUUUGAGGCCCUUGCAAACGCCACCAUUCUCAUUCCCACCGAUGCUGCCUUUGAGCAGCGGGCCGAGCUCAUUGCAUACCUCGAGCUGCCCGCUAAUCGUGCGCUUCUGCGCAGCAUCCUGCUUCACCACAUUGUGCCUCGUCGCAUUGUUACCUUUGCCAACGGUAAUUCGACGGUGCAGACGCUCAUGGGCGACCUCGAGGUCUUGCAAAUCAACGGCGUUGUCAUUAUUGAUGACGUGAUCUUGGUCCUGAAUGGCCCGGCGCUCCUGCAAACUGUCUUUGUCAACGGCUACGUCAUUGAUGGUAUCCUGUUUCCCGAUACGGAUACAUCUUACUCCACGCCCGAGCCCGAGAUUACUCAAGUUCCACCCGUGACCUCGGGGGCCGGUGUCUGUGAGCUGACCCCGGACGGCGCCUUCAUUACCACUGGCUCGUUUGGCUUGUGCGAGUGCGUUGAUGACGCUUUCAUGGCGGAUCUCAACGAUGACUGGACCCAGGUGGUGUGCGAUGAAUGUACCAACGUGGGUCAGCAGUACUGCGCCACUACCAUCCCGGCUUCGACCACCACCCCCUCCACCACCACGCUAACAAGCACUCCCACCGAGACCACGGCUCCGGACACAACCACCUCGACAACUCCCGAGGUUACCACAACUCCCAUUACCACCACGACAAUCAGCACAACUGCUCCUCUCACCAGUACUAGCCAACCUGAGACGAUGGCCACCACCACGACACAAGGUUUGGAGACAACAACAGUCACGACAACAAUGACGACGACCACCACCACCACGACAGCCCCCGCUACCACCACGACAGCCCCCGAUACCACCACGACAGCCCCCGAUACCACUACGCCAGCCCCCGCUACCACCACUACCACCACUAUUCCCACCACCACCAUUUUUCUCGACACCACGACAACACCCUCAGAUACCACCACUGUGAGCUCCACUCCCUUGCUCAAUCAGACAACCACUGCGGCGCCAACCAGUACGACCGGUAUUGGUGGGCCCAACUGCAAAUAUCUGGACUGGGUUUGCGUCUCACAGAGCGACUUUCCCGCCAACGGCAGUGAUGACACUUGCCCGUGCACGGCCGAAUGCGGCGGUGGCUUCCAGCUCUUCCGCAAAUUCGUCCUACCAGGCUCGGAUCCCGAUUGCCCUUCCCUUUUCUUGAAAAUCGAGUGCAACACUCAGGCGUGCCCGACCACUACCCCUCGCGCGCAGACGAGCAGUUCCACGUCGCGGGCCCCAGAUACAACUACUAGGCGCGCAGACACAACGACGCGGGCUCCCGAUACAACUACUAGGCGCGCAGACACAACGACGCGGGCUCCCGAUACAACUACUAGGCGCGUAGACACAACGACACGGGCUCCUGAUACAACCACGCAGCGAAUGGAGACCACGACCCGCCGUGCCGAGACCACGACCCGCCGUGCCGAGACCACGACCCGCCGUGCCGAGACCACGACCCGCCGUGCGGAUACUACUGCACGACCUGCGACCACCACCUCGGCAGUUGGGACAACCAUCAUCGGCUCGACAGAAGCCGUGGUUGACGGCGGGGGUGGAGGUGGUGGCAAUGAUGAUGGCUGGCUUCUGUCUUCGCUGUCCAGCUAUUCGGAGGAUUCAAUGUCCUUUGUCGACCUGGAUGCAGACGACUAUGCCGGAGGCUUUGGCACCGAGGGUGUGCUCGUGGAGAACCAAAUGUAUGGCAGCCGCCAAGGGAUUCUGAUGAACAACGGCCACUAUGGCACCCGCUUGCCCGUCAAUGCCCGCGGUGGUGGUGGUGCUGGUGGCAUGUUGACAAGCACAAGCCACACUACGUCCCAGACACAGCACAUGCAACAGCCCGGCAUGCAGUUUCCUCAGCACAUGCAGCAUAGUGCCAUGAGCAAUCGCUCGGCCGCCGCCACGUAUGUGCCCAUGACCACAUUUGCACGGCAGCAGAGCGAAAACAUCUACAGCGGACCCCUACCAGGCCACAACGCCGGCGUCGCUGUCCUUUCAAGCCAGACGGUUGAGGCGGUUCCGCGCCGGUACAGCCGUCCUGUUGUAUCCAGUACCCGACAUGCCUACGAAUACUACUCGCAAGCCACCCCGGGCACACCAUAUGAGAGCGUCUCUUCCCACAGCAGUGGACCCGCUCCUUUGGCGCAUUCACAGCACUCAGCUCGACCCCAACCACCCCCUCGGUCAGAGCCUCCCAUGUUGUUUUCGCGGCCUCCCAGCAUUCCCCCGCCCAUGGGACCACCGCCUGGCCAACGGCCCAGCAGUCGUCUGCAGUCAACGCAGGGCGCGCAGUCGGCUCAGGGUGAGACCAACGUCUGA